GGAGCACGGCUGGAUGGGCAGGGGAGGAGCUCUCCGGGGCUGGACGAGGGGCGGAGUCAUCUGGCAGAAACUACAGGACACAGAGCCAGGGAAAGUUGUUUGGGGAUCGCUGGGACCUGGGGCCCCAUGGCCCUCCCGUCUGAGGCCAGCUACCUGGGAGACAAAUGGGACGAGGUUUUUUCUUCGAUACAGUGGAUACAGUUUGUCAUGGCUACUCUCAGCAUCAUAGGAUCAAGUUCAAUCAUUGCCUACACUGUCUUCCAGAACAUAAUGAAGUCCCCAGUGGUGAGACCACUUCUAUGCUUGAGUUUCUCAGACCUGCUCCUGGGGAUGUGUUGGCUCCUGGGAGCUCUGCUGUAUGGGACCCCGACGGUCAACGAGGACGUGAUCUGUUAUAACCUUCAAGCCACAGGCCAGAUGUUCUACAUCUCAUCCUUCUUCUACACUGUCAACUACACGUGGCACCUUUACAUGGAGCUGAAGGUGAAAUACAAUCAGAAUGUCUACUCAGGCUCCACAAUGGAAUACACCUCCAGAGUUGGAUGGAUAGCUGUUGUUUUGUCCAGCCUAAUCCCUCUGCUGCUGAUGGUACCUGUAUUCUGCCUGGGAAACACCAGUGAAUGUUUCCAUAACUUCAGCCAGAGUCACAGGUGUCUCCUGAUGCACUCACCACCCCCACCCAUGGCUGAACUCCUGCCUUCUGCCAGCACUUCGGUCUGCAGGACCCUCUACUUUUACUGGCUCAGCGUCUUCCUGAUUAGCUUCCUGCUCAGCCUCCUCGCUAUUGUGGCCUUACUCAUCCGGGCCCAGAUACUGUAUAAGAGGUUUGUGAAAUCCACUGGCUUCCUGGGCGAUGAGCAGUGGGCAGGGAUCCGUGUGGUGGAGCAGCGAGUGUGUUUCUACCCAGCUGCCUUCUUUUGCUGCUGGGGUCCAGCUGUCAUCCUAGUGAUCAUUAAGCUGUUCAGACCAGAGAACACCCAGCUGCACAUGGUCCUCUAUGUUCUCCAGGCUCUCACAGCAGCAUCCCAGGGUCUGCUUAAUUGUGGGGUCUACGGCUGGACGCAACACAGAUUCCACAGACUCAGGUGGGAGGCCCGGAGGGACGCAGACACUCAGACUCCCCUGCUACGCUCCCAGAAAAGGUUUUACAGUGGUGGUCUGGCUGCCCCAGAGUCUAGAUUUUCUUCAGCAAAUGCUGCCUCGACUGUCCUCUGAAGAUUAAGAGGAACUGGAGCCACCAAGGAAGGGACAUUCUGCAGGACUGUGCUAGGCAGCGGUGGUGAGGAGGACCGUGGGAUACAUUACUAUGAGCUGCUUGGAAGUCUGAUGAUACAGGUUUCUUCUCUGCUUCCAUUCCCCCAGCAUCUCCCGCCUCAGAGGAGCCUAGAGAGUAGUGACUUGGGUUGGUUAUCAGUUGCCCUGGGUAGAGUCUCAUCUCAUUUAUGUCCCCUUCUCCUGUCACCAUUCAUUUCUAGUGGUAGAGAUAUCAGUUCAGGGAGAUGAGCCCACCCCCACCUCCUGGGAAGGCUAUUACCUCAGGGAGGCUCUGAAUUGUGGAACUCUCUUUUGGAAACAAUAAAACUCCAGAUUAUUAUUUAUAAA